GUAGUGCUAGACUAGUACUAGUAGUAUAGUGGUCUCAACCUGCCUCGUCUUCCCUUCGCCACCAAGCCUCCAUUGACGAACAACUCCCACCUCCGCGCGCCUCUCCCCGUCCCCGUCCCCGUCCCCGCCGCCGCGGGGCUCUCCUCCUCCGGCGCGCGCCCGAUGGCAGCGCAGGCGAUCCACCAGUUCGCCGAGUGCAUCACCUGCCACGCGUGGAGCCCCGACCACUCCAUGAUUGCCUUUUGUCCAAAUAACAACGAAGUACACAUUUACAAGUUCAUCGCAGACAAGUGGGAGAAACUUCAUGUUCUUUCAAAGCAUGACCAAAUAGUGUCUGGAAUAGACUGGGGUAAAUCUACAAACAAAAUUGUGACAGUUUCACAUGACCGAAACUCAUAUGUUUGGACACAAGAAGGACAAGACUGGGUACCUACCCUUGUUAUUCUCAAGCUAAAUCGUGCAGCUUUAUGUGUCCAAUGGAGCCCAAAAGAAAAUAAGUUUGCUGUGGGAAGUGGUGCUAAGUCUGUAUGCAUUUGCUACUAUGAACAAGAGAACAACUGGUGGAUCAGCAAGAUUAUUAGGAAGAAGCAUGAAUCUACUGUCACUAGUAUUGCAUGGCAUCCAAACAAUAUACAUCUCGCAACAACUUCUACUGAUGGUAAAUGCAGAGUAUUCUCCACUAUCAUCAAGGGCGUCGAUACAAGGGGAUCACAAGGAAGCGCCUCUGCUGAUUGGAAAUUCGGCGAGCAAAUUGCUCAACUUGAUCUAUCAACUACGUGGGCAUUUGGAGUAAGGUGGUCACCAAGUGGAAAAACAUUGGCCUAUGCAGGGCACAGUUCCAUGAUUUAUUUCGUCGAGGAUGUUGAAGCGUCUCCGGCUGCUCAAAAUUUGGCACUGCGAGAUCUGCCUCUCCGUGAUAUUCUUUUUGUGUCCGAAAGAAUGGCGAUUGGUGUUGGGUUUGACUGCAACCCUUUGAUCUUUGCUGCAGACGAGACUGGACUUUGGAGUUUCGUCAGAUAUUUGGACGAAAGGAAAGUUACUCCAUCAGCUUCAAAAGCCUCACAGCUCUCUGAAGCCCUGGGAAAGCUGUAUGGCCAAUCGAGGCAAGGGAGCAGUGAUACUGUUGAACCAUCGAAGCCUCGUGGUGGUGCUCAUGAAAACUGCAUAACGUGCAUCGUACCCUUGAGAAAAGGGAGUGAGACUAUUAUCAAGCGGUUCAGCACAUCAGGAUUGGAUGGCAAGAUUGUGGUAUGGGAUCUGGAAAAUCAUGUCGCCAUCACAAAGUAGCUCGCGGAUGGAGUUCAGUAGUGGAUGAACUUUGCGCCGUUGCGAAGCAUUUCUUGGCAGCGGGCCCAGGGCCAGGUAGAUUGCUUUUUUUUUUGUUGUACCUGUACACAAACCAUCUUCUUUAGCCAGCCCAUUAGCUUAGGGUUCAUCACUAUCAGCUGGCUUUCAUAUUUUUUGCUGGUAACCGAUUCGGUCUUUUUGAAAUUUCUAUGAUGUAACACCUGUAUAAUGUUAGUUAGGAGGCAAUGACAUAAUUCCACACCGUAUCAUACCCCA